UUCGUCUAUGAACAUUCAAGUCUCAAUUCCAUCGACACACACUGCUACACGCUUGUCUAGUCCAUUCACAAUCACAGUAGCCAUGCCUAACCUUCUCGUCCUCCUCCUUAUUACCCCCCUGUUGCUUAAUUCCAUCAGCCAUUCGGCGAAGGCCAGCGACCCUGAACUCCGAGCUCUCUUGACCAUGAAGAAAGAUUGGGGCAACCCUGCUGCCCUCAGAUCAUGGAAGAUGAGCAACAGAAGCAGCGAGACCACCGCUGCCUCUGCUUCGUCCACUCACUGCCGGUGGGCUGGGAUUGCAUGCACCAACGGCCAAGUAACCGCCCUCUCCUUCCAAAACUUCAACAUAAGCCGCCCAAUCCCAGCGUCCAUUUGCAGCCUCAGGAACUUGACGUACAUAGACCUCUCCCACAACAACCUCACCGGUGAAUUCCCGGCGGCAGCACUCUAUGGCUGCUCGGCGCUGCGGUUCCUCGACCUGUCGAACAACAUCUUCUCCGGCGUCCUCCCGACUGACAUCAACGAGCUGUCUCCGUGGAUGGAGCACCUCAACCUGUCAAGCAACGGUUUCAGCGGGAGUGUGCCGUUGGCAAUCGCCGGGUUCCCGAAGCUCAAGUCGUUGGUCCUCGACACCAAUAGCUUCGAUGGGAGCUACCCGGGUGCCGCCAUCGGCAACCUCACGCAGCUCGAGACGCUAACCCUGGCAAGUAACCCCUUCGCGCCAGGCUCCAUCCCUGACGAGUUUGGCAAGUUGAAGAAGCUGCAGAUGCUGUGGAUGUCAGGGAUGAACCUGACUGGUGGCAUCCCUGACACACUCUCCUCGCUCACUGAGCUGACGACGUUGGCUUUGUCCGACAAUCAUCUUCACGGUGUAAUUCCGGCGUGGGUUUGGAAGCUUCAGAAGCUUGAGAUCCUGUACCUUUAUGACAACAGCUUCAGUGGUCCAAUUAUGUCAAAUAUCACCGCCACGAACAUUCAAGAGAUCGACCUUUCCACCAACUGGCUCACCGGAUCGAUACCGGAGAGCAUCGGCAACUUGACGACGUUGUCGUUGCUCUACCUGCACUUGAACAACCUCACCGGGCCGGUUCCGUCGAGCGUCGUGCUGCUGCCGAACCUCGCGGACAUCCGACUAUUCUCCAACUUGCUCUCUGGCCCCCUCCCGCCGGCGCUCGGUAGGUACUCGCCGCUGGGCAACCUAGAAGUGAGCGACAACUUCCUCUCCGGAGAGCUCUCACCCACCCUCUGCUUCAACAAGAAGCUCUACAAUAUCGAGGUGUUCAACAAUAAUUUCAGCGGCGUGUUCCCGGCUAUGCUUGCGGAGUGCCACACAGUGAAGAACAUAAAGGCGUACAACAACCGAUUCGUCGGAACGCUCCCAAGGGCAGUAUGGUCGGCGUCCCCCAACCUGAGCACCGUCAUGAUACAGAACAAUUUGUUCAGUGGAGCUCUUCCAACUGAGAUGCCCGCUAACAUCAGGCGGAUUGACAUCGGAAGCAACAUGUUCUCUGGCGCAAUACCAACAUCUGCCACUGGUUUGAGAUCAUUCAUGGCGGAGAACAAUCAAUUCUCCUAUGGGCUCCCGGGGGACAUGACCAAGCUCGCCAACCUUACCGUGCUGUCUCUUGCCGGGAAUCAGAUUAGCGGAUGCAUACCAGUGUCCAUCUCAGCCCUUGGGGCUCUUAGCUACCUCAAUCUCAGCGGCAACCAGAUAACAGGAGCGAUCCCGCCAGCCGCCAUUGGAUUGCUCCCGGCACUCACCGUCCUUGACCUCUCAAACAACCAGCUCGAAGGCCAGAUACCAGAGGACUUGAACAAUCUCAUGCAUCUCUCGUACCUGAAUCUCUCGUCCAACCAGCUCGUCGGAGAGGUGCCAGACGCACUACAGGCUCGCACGUUCAACGCCGCCUUCUUUGGCAACCCUGGCUUGUGCGCCAGACAGGACUCCGGCAUGCCCCUCCCGACGUGCCAACAAGGAGGAGGAGGAGGAGGAGGCCGCAGUUCUGCCAGAAUGAUCAGCAACGUGACUGCAACAAUUUCCGGCAUUUCUUUCAUCAGCUUCGUUUGUGUCACGGGAUGGUUUGCCCUCCGGCGGCGCAAGCAUGUGACAACGUCGUGGAAGAUGAUACCAUUCGGGUCUCUGAGUUUUACCGAGCAGGACAUAAUCGGCAACAUUAGCGAGGAGAAUGUGAUCGGCAGAGGUGGGUCAGGAAAGGUGUACCGCAUCAAUCUAGGCAGCCACAAACAUGGUGGCGACGCGGACGACGGGGCUGGUCACUCUCACUCGACGGUGGCCGUGAAGAAGAUCGGCAAGGACGGCAAGCCCGACGCGAGCAACGACAAGGAGUUUGAAGCGGAGGCGAGGUCACUGGGCGGUCUCCUCCAUGGCAACAUCGUCAGGCUGCUCUGCUGCAUCUCCGGCGACGACACGAAGCUGCUCGUGUACGAGUACAUGGAGAACGGGAGCCUGGACCGGUGGCUGCACCGCCGCCACGGCGGCAAGCGCGCGGCCAUGUCCGGGCCGCUGGACUGGCCGAUGAGGCUGAACAUCGCCAUCGACGUCGCGAGGGGCCUCAGCUACAUGCACCACGGCUUCACGAGCCCGAUCAUCCACCGCGACAUCAAGUGCAGCAACAUCUUGCUCGACCGUGGGUUCCGAGCCAAGAUCGCUGACUUUGGGCUUGCUCGGAUCCUUACCAAGUCCGGCGAGUCGGAGCCGGUGUCGGCUGUCUGCGGAACCUUCGGUUAUAUUGCCCCAGAGUAUGUUAACAGGGCUAAGGUGAACGAGAAGGUGGACGUCUACAGCUUCGGAGUGGUGCUACUGGAGCUCGCCACAGGAAGGGGGCCACAGGACGGCGGCACGGAAUCCGGCAGCUGUCUAGCGAAAUGGGCGUCCAAGCGGUUCAACAACGGCGGCAGCCCGUGCGUGGGCUUGUUGGUCGACGGUGAAAUUCAGGACCCUGCCUACCUGGACGACAUGGUAGCCGUGUUCGAGCUCGGGGUGACCUGCACCGGCGAGGAUCCGGCGUUAAGGCCGCCCAUGAGCGAGGUCCUCCACCGGCUCGUCCAGUGUGGCCGGAACCAGAUGUCCACUGAUAACGACAUUGCCAAAGACGUGAGUGGCGUUGAUUCUAUGGAGUCUAUCGUUUAAGAUACCCACUCAGGUCUUGCACUCUGCUAUCCAAUCUACCUAGCUAGCUGCUGCUGCUGUAUGUACCAUACAUUUCUGAACAGCUUAAUUUGACUUCUUCGUUCCAGUUGGUAUUUUUUGACUUCGGCAAAAACGGUCCUAGUCAUGUUGGAUUAACGUGGGCUGGCCUCAUAUUUUAUUUAAUUAAGUCAAAUAAAUUCUAAGAGUACAUUAGAUGCUAGGCGCCAUAUAUAAAAUGGUGGACUGGAUGUAGUUGAUGGUUACGGUUACUGGUAACUCUCAUGAUUAUGGUUAUAGUUACUAUUAACCCUGUGUUUAUGACGGUGGUUAUUGAUAGUUAAUGGACGUUUCAUGAUGUUCAAGUUCA